AUGCCAAACCGGGUAUUUGGUGUAAAUUCUUGGCGCCAAGACGCCAUGAAUCUGGCAACUACGCUUGACAAUCUUGACAACGAGCAUUUUCACAAGCUACUUCAAGAGGCUGUUUUUCACGCUAGAUCUGAUAAUCCAUUCCACGACCGUAACACCAACGAAUUAUCCCUAAUCCAACAGGAUGGAUUACUUGGUUUAAACCGGGGUUCCGGUCUGAGCUCCCUGAAGAAUAGGUUCAUGAAGAUGAAAUGGAAAAUGACAAUACCCACAUUGAAGAAUAUGGAGAAAUUUGAAAAUAGCCUCAAAGUCUGCUCUGAAGCCAAAGUAAAAAGUCGUCAGCAGCAAGAACAGCAGGAGCACCAAAAAUCAGGUUCAAAUUUACAGAAAAAUCGUUUGGAUCGGCUUGAUGCUGGCCUUCGAUUAGAACCCAUUCUUUCACUUGAAGCUGAUCAGCUGGCUGCAUCUAUUGAGUCACCCUGGACUAUCCGCAGUAGAGCAAAGAUGUUUCCGAUGAUGAAUGUUCCUUCAACAGCUAAUAUUGAUGAAUGUAUUUCGAGCCUUGGGAGCAUUGGGUAA